AAUCCUAUCGUUACAGCAUCAACAAAAGUUUCUCACCUAGCUUUUUCGCCACACGAAACUACUUCGCUUCCAUUUUCGAAGGCACAAAACCGAGAAAGAAAAAUGAAGCCUCGUCAAGAACAAGAAGAAGACGAAGAACGACUUCGUCAAAGAAAACUUGAAGAAUCCCUUGAAAUAAAAUCUCUCCGGCGCAUAGUCAGUGCCUACCUUAAUUAUCCAGAGGCAGCAGAAGAGGAUGUGAAAAGAUACGAAAGAUCGUUUAGGAAGCUUCCUCCUUCUCACAAAGCUUUGUUAUCACACUACCCUUUGAAGUUUCAAAGUCUAAGAAGGUGUAUUUCUAUAAAUUCGUAUUUCAUAUUUAAUAUGCUUCAGGCAUUUGAGCCACCCCUGGAUAUGAGCCAGGACAUUGAUGACUCUGGGGAAUUGCACUUUGAAUGGCCACCAAAUGAUGGGAAUGUUUGCUCUCAUGAGUCUACCACAGCUAGGGGAAGUUGUUCCAAACUUGAUGAAGCUUGCUGUGGAGAAUCAAGCAAUGUGAUGAGCAAACUAGCAGAGGGUUUGACGGCCAAUGAGGAAGUGCAAAUUGAAGGUUGUCAUGGGUCUGAUACUGGGAGCUGUCUGGCAGGCGAGGAAAAUAACAAAAUGACAGCUGAAUGUUGUGGGAAUCAUGUUUCUGAUUCCAAUGGAAAUGUCCCGUCAUCACCUCGUGAUUGGUUGGAUCCAUCAUUUCAGUUGCAUGUUCCCCUGGUUGAUGUUGAUAAGGUCCGUUGUAUACUAAGAAACAUAGUAAGAGACUGGGCAGCAGAGGGACAGAAAGAACGUGAUCAGUGCUACAAGCCUAUUCUUGAAGAGCUCAAUUCUUUAUUCCCUAGUCGUUGCAACAAAAGUCCCCCUACAUGUUUAGUUCCUGGUGCUGGUUUUGGGCGUCUGGCCUUGGAGAUUUCAUGUUUGGGUUUCGUGAGCCAGGGAAAUGAAUUUUCAUACUACAUGAUGAUAUGCUCAAGUUUUAUUCUUAAUCAGACCCAGAAUGCAGGGGAAUGGACUAUAUAUCCUUGGAUCCAUAGCAAUUGCAAUUCACUUUCAGACAGUGACCAACUCCGUCCUGUUUCAUUUCCAGAUAUUCAUCCAGCAAGUGCAGGGAUUACUGAAGGAUUCUCCAUGUGUGGUGGUGACUUUGUUGAAGUCUAUAGUGAUCCAAGUCAAGUAGGAGUUUGGGAUGCAGUUGUAACUUGUUUUUUUAUUGAUACGGCACACAAUAUUGUUGAAUACAUUGAAAUCAUAUCAAGGAUUUUGAAAGAUGGGGGGGUUUGGAUAAAUCUGGGACCACUCCUGUAUCAUUUUGCAGACAUGUAUGGACAAGAAGAUAACCGAUACUUUGCUGCAUUCUGGACAAUGAGAAAGAAAUCGGCAGCGGUGGAAAAGCAUUCAACAUGAUAAGCAGCGGUGGAGAAGCAUUUUGCAUGAUGAUUACCCGCCUUUGUAUUAUGUGGUCUGCUAUAUUGUUAAUUUUUUUUUUAAUUAACGUGGGUGUCCAGGCCAGCUUGCACGUACCUUGACUAAUCUUACGGAUUUUGAAGUUAACGACUAUGUAAGCCUCCAGUAGUUCUGAGGAGACUCGAACUCGUGACGUUUGGGGAGCAAACUCAAGACCUGACCAGUUGAGCUAGCCCUCAGGAUUAGUCUGCUAUAUUGUUACUUCAUGUAAAAGUUGCAUACAGAAUCCAGUAAAUUGAAAUGUAUUUCUUGAAAAUAAUAUACAAGGUUGAAGAUUAAUUUGA